UAUGAUUUAUUUUUGUAUUUAUAUUUGAUCAUCAUCAUCAUCAUCAUACAAUCAAAAUUGAUUGAUUUAUUGAUUGAGAUUAGAAUCUUGGAUGGUGUACAGAAAUCCCAAAUAUAAUUAUGAUAAACUCUUUCCACCAACACUUGAUGGUGCUGUGAUGAUGUGUGUUUUUUUUUAUGUGGUCGACCAUAUCAUCAUCAUCAUCAUCGUUAUCAGCAUCAAUAAAUUGGUUACCAUCACAAUCCGACCUCCAAAAAUCCUCACAUUUUGCCGAAUGAAAGUCAAAACGACUGAAUAUUUAAUUGAUUGAUUUGAAUUGAUAUUGACACACAAUGUUGUUACAAAGUUCAUUCAAUUCAAGAUAAACCUAUUGAUUCCUAUUUGUUUCUCUUUUUUUUCGUUUUGUUUUCCAUCAUUCAAAUUUCAACCUAUACUUAUCAGAAGAAAAAAAAAUGAUAUCAUCAUCAUCAACAUUCAUAACGAUUCUAAUUACAUGGCCAUUGUUUUGGUCAUUACAAACAAUAAAUAUACAUUGUGCCAACAAUAUCAACCACAACGACAAUGUUGUUGAUGUAAACACGCUUAAAUUUGUCAUUCUAAUACAUCGUCAUGGUGAUCGAACACCGAUUGAAACAUAUCCACGUGAUCCAUAUCGUGAUGGCCAAAAAUAUUGGCCCGAUGGUUGGGGACAAUUAACAUUGGAUGGAAAAAAACGAAUGUACAAUUUAGGAUUAUAUCUAUCGAAACGUUAUAGAUUUUUGGGCAAAUCGCCACGUGAAGCAUUCAUUCGUAGUUCUGCAUCUGAUCGUUGUCUGGAAAGUGUUUCAUUAGUUUUGGCUGGAUUAUAUCCACCCAAUGACAGAUGGAAAUGGAAUGAUAAUCUGGGCCAAAAAUGGCAACCAUUUCCAAUACAAACAGUUCCACAUGAUAUUGAUGGGAUGUUAAAUCCUCAAUCUAAAUGUAAAAAAGCUGAACAAAUUCUAGCGGAUAUCUAUAAAUCCAAAUCUGUUAUUGAAUAUUAUAAUCAAAUGAAGUCAACAUUAUUAUAUGUACAAGACAAUACUGGCUAUGAAAAUGUGAAUCUGAUAAAAGCUGAAGAAAUAUUUGAUUCAUUAUUGAAUGAAAAAUUGUUUGGUUAUAAAUUACCAGCAUGGGUGGACACGAAUAUUUAUACGAAACUUAAAGAAAUUUCCGAUAAAACAUUCAUAUUCGAUGCUAUGACCAGAGAGAUUCAAAAAUUUCGUGCCGGUUUAUUAUUAGCAGAUAUAUGGCAGCAUAUUUCCAAUCAUGAAUUAUUGGAUAAUGAUGAUGAUGAUGAUGAUAAUAAACAUCGUCUGUACAUCUAUUCGACGCAUGAUGAUCAAUUGUCCGUUUUUAUGAGCGCUUUGAAUAAUUUCAAUGGUAUUGCGCCACCAUAUGGAUCAACGAUCAUGAUGGAAAUACAUCAAAAUCAUACGGAUGAGUCAUUUAUACGAAUGUAUUAUUUGAAUGUAACUGAAAUGGAAAAUCCAUAUCGAUUAGAAUUAAAGGAUUGUUAUUAUUACAUAAAACAACGGCAACUAAUUCAUGGAUCAAAUCCAGACCAAUGUACAAUAACAAAUUUUUAUGAAACAAUCAAAGAUUUAUUGCCCAAUGAUUGGAAUGUUGAAUGUGAAAAUUCAUCAUCAUCCACAGCAGCUGAUCCAUUAAGUAUUUAUCUAGUUUUGAUCACCAUUUCAUUGACCAUUUCGGUAAUGUUAUUCUUUACAUAUCUACUUGUGAACCACCGACGUUAUGGAUCAUCAUAUCGAUUAUUGCCAAUAAUAAAUAGUUAGGAUUAGGAUAUGAUUGAAAAAAAAUUGACACGUGAUAUAGAAUUUUUUUUAAAAUUUGAAAUUUUAUUUUUUUGAAAAAAA